UUCGCGUUUUGCUCAUUUCAUUUCAGCAGAGCAGCAUGGAAGACCCAGAUGGGAAUGAGAGCGACAGGUCGCCGUCGCCGCCGCAGGGCAUCUUCUACCCGAUGCUGUGGCCCAGUCGGGCUGUGAGUUUGUGCAUUCUGGAGCCCCGGCCCGCCGGGCAGCGAUGGUUGGUGGUUGGCCUGGGGAACCCCGGAAUGCCCGACACGCGGCACAGCGUGGGCAUGGCGGUGCUUGGGCAUCUGGCGCAGCGGCUGGGGGUGGCGGAGAGCUGGGCGCGCAAUACGCGCUGCUCCGCCGAUGUCGCCGAGGCCCCGCUCGGCGAUGCCCAAGUGGUCCUGCUCCGACCGCGGCGACUCAUGAACGCCAACGGGCGCUGCGUGUCCCGGGCCGCUGAGAUGUUUGGACUGGCGGCCGACGAGAUCUACCUAGUGCAUGAUGAGCUGGACAAGCCUUUGGGGAAAAUGGCUCUGAAGAUGGGAGGCAGCCCUAGGGGCCACAACGGAGUCCGGUCCUGCAUCAGCUGCUUGAACUCCAGUAUUAUGCCAAGGCUGCGGGUGGGCAUCGGGCGCCCCGAGCCCCCAACUGACGUGCAGACCCACGUGCUGAGCCCCUUUUCUCCGGCGGAGCAGGAACAGCUGCCGGUGUUGCUAGACCGCGCAGCUGACCUGCUCCUGGACCAUCUGCAGAAACGCAGCCAGGCGGUGCCAAUCGGCCCCUGACCCUGUGGCUGCCGGGUCCAUCUCUAACCCGAUCCCCACUGGCCCCGCACACUGUGCUCCUUCAAUCCAGGAAACACCACGCUGACCCACGCUUUCCAUUUUGUAAUAGAAAGAAUGGGCUAUCCUAGGUGGCCCCGGAGGGCAAAAGGGGAGAUGGCAAGGGGGCAGGAUCUGUGGCCAGACAGUCCUCUGGGCUCCAGUGUUGUUGAUGUCUCUGUUUUACUUGGAAGAAAGGAAACUUCCGGGAAGGCUGCUCCUUUUCAACGUCUUCUGCAUAUCAAAAUGCACCUAUAAGAUUAAAGAUCCUGCAUGCCA